GUUAACAGUCCUAGUCGCGAUUCUAGGAGGUUAAGCCCACUGAGCGUGUGUUUAGUUUCAAACAAUAACAACAACAAAAAUACAAAAUUAUACAAAAUAAUUAUCCUUAACAAAAACAAAAAAAAACCACCCAACAAACAAACAGGACAAUCGUGUGCCGUUGCUUUCAAUUGUGAUUCUAAUUGUUUAAGAACUCUUUAAGUGUGAUUAAGUUUUAAUUCUAUAUUAGUAAACAUGAAAUCAUUUAUUAUUGCGACAGCCCUGCUGGUGGCCAGCUGCUCUGCUUCCUAUCAUGGUGCCGUAUCUACACAAUAUGCCAGUUUGGAUCCCCACAGCCAUAGCUAUUCGUAUGGCUAUUCCGAUCCAAAUUCGCAAAAACAUGAAACCUCCCAUGGUGGUGUAACGCAUGGCUCCUACUCCUAUGUGGAUGGUCAUGGUCAUGUACAAUCUGUGCACUAUACAGCCGAUCCCCAUACUGGUUUCCAUGCCACCGGCACCAAUUUGCCCAAAGCUCCGGCUCCAGCUCCCGCCCAUGGUCUGGCCGUGGCCCAUGACGGCGCAUAUGAUCAUUAUGCUGCUGGUCAUGCCUAUCAUGGACCCCAAGCUCAUCUCACUUUGACACAUGAGGGCGUGCCUCAUGAUACUCCCGAAGUUGCUCAUGCCAAGGCUGCCCAUGCUGCUGCUCAUGCUGCCGCCGCUGCUGCUGCUGCCCAUGGGGGACAUCAUCAUUUGUACAAGCGUUCCUUGUGGGGACAUCCCGGAUUUGCCCAUGCUGCUCCCGUUGUAUUGACCCAUGGUGGUGUGCCCGUAGAUACGCCCGAUGUACAAGCCGCCAAAGCCGAACAUUAUGCUGCUCAUGCCAAAGCCUUAGGCGCUGCCGGUCAUGGACAUGGUGCUCCUCAUGAUACUCCCGAAGUUGCCCACGCUAAGGCCGCCCACUUUGCUGCUCACGCUGCUGCCCGUAGUGGUCACGGUGGACCUGCUCCUCAUGCUUUGGCUGCCCAUGGCUACCAUGUUCCGGUAAUUCACAAUGGUGUGCCCGUUGAGACCCCUGAAGUGCAACAUGCCAAGGCCGCCCACUAUGCUGCUCUAGCCAAGGCUUCCGCUCACGCCGGUCCCGCCGAUCAUGAUGAUGGUCAUUACGAUGGCCGUUGGGAUGGUGAUCACUCUGGUCAUGGUGGUGCUCCCUCGCAUUAUGCCACCUCUGCCCAUCAUGUACCCAGUGGUCCCUAUCAUGGUCCCCUGCACAUCCCAGUCAUCCAUAAUGGUGUGCCAGUGGAGCCCGCAGAAGUGCAACAUGCCCGUGCUGCCCAUUUGAAUGCUGUGGCCGCCGAAAGCCAUGGUCCCGCUGGUCAUGACUACUAUGGCAAAUGGUAAAAACAAAAACGCACUCCACCCCUGUACCCCCUUAAGAGAAUUUACUGGAAACCUAAAGCAGCCAACUGAUGUAGAUGUAGAACGAAGAAGAAGAAUUUAAAGCCCACGGAACUGAUUCAAAGAAGCAUGAUGUCUAUAAUGAAAAUGGAUAUUGUUAAUGUAUAAAUAUGUAUGUAUGUAUGUUUUUUUUUUGUUUACUUUAGGAAGGUUAAGUUUGAAGCAUUGAAGAGUUAACAAGCCGCACCAUAAUUCUCUAGAUUUUCUACUACUUCACUUAUUUCAAACUUUCAGAAUUUCCCCCUGACUUUAUGUACUUUACUAUGCUCUCCGAAACUCGACACACGCUCUGUUUUUUUCCAUUGAAUGCUUUCUUGAGAGGAGAAGAUCAGGCAUAAACGCAGAUCUUGCCCAAGAAAGUUUUUCAAAUUUCAUUUUUAUCAACUAUCGAACUAAACCUGUUGGCCUUUUUUGGGUCUUUGACUUAUUUUCUUAACUUUACAAUACUUUACAGUUCUAUGCAUUUCCUUAUCUUCUCCCUAGAGUCAUCUCUUUACUAUUCAGCUCAGUUUCUAACUAUGUCUGUUCUUUCUCUCUCCUGCUCUUACACCACUUUGUAUUCUCUUUGAUUGCCUUCAUUUCGACUUUACUUUCCAGAAAGAUAUCACACUGGUCUCUUUUAGCCUAACUCUUGUCACUAUAACUUAAACUUUUAUAGACCUACCGGUCACUAGCCUUCUGUCCCCAAUUCUUUACCAAAACCUUCAUUUUUUUUUAUAGACAUACUUGAAUUCCCAUCCUCUUUCGCUCUCCUUGCUAUUGUAGCAAACUGAUCUUGCCACUGCCCUGAAACCUGACUCUUUAUUGCCACAUACAUUGAUACCACAUUCAAUUUCUCUCACUCCUCAUAUCUUUUACAUGACCACUCGCCAUUAGACCGGAUUUUACUGAUGACGAAUUUUAGUUUAAAAAAUUUCUAUAUAUACCACUAUCUCCUGCAUAUGACACAUAAAUGUUGUAAAUAUUAUUGUAAAAUAUUGAAAAAAAAAAAACGAAUAAAAAAAUUAAAUGUA